AUGACGGACUUGGUGGGGACCAUCGUCGAUGCCUGUUCCAUUACAGACAGCUCGGCUGGAUGUUAUACUGCGUCCUGGUACCUCAUAUGGGGCCAAAUGCGUUACUGGCUACUCAUCCAAGUGCCUAUUAUCGCGAUCUCCCUUGUCUACGAGUGGCUCGAGCUGGCUUCGCUCAAAUACGUCGAGCGGCUUCGCAAAAUCUGUGACUCUCCGCUGACGAACGUUGUCAAUUACCUUGUGCAAAUCGUCACUAGCUUCUAUGUCUGCAUCAACUGGAUUGUGCGUGGUGGAUUGUUGAGUGUGACUUUUUCGUCGUGGUCGAUUGAAUCAUUGUUCCUGAUUGCAACGGGUGUCGGGUAUGGAAUUCGAUGGCUGGCGGCUAAGAACAAAGUGGCGUUCGUGCUGCAGUUGCACAAUUUAUUCGACUUGUUAUCAGUGGUAGCUCACUUUGCGAUUUCGUUCCAGACGAUUGUGGUGGGGAAUAAAUACCUUCGAUCGUGGUUGGAUUUCGGCUUUAUUCGGUCGUAUGUAGGAUAUGUGGUCGUGGACCAUUUGUUCAAACGGUACCCGAACAAAACUUUCUUCUCGCAAGUACUGCUCCUGGUGUUCAAGGCAUUGAGUCUUGCCUUUUUUUUCGCUGCCAUACUGUUUUCGCUCGAACAGCUUGGCGAGUUGCCACAUGCCAACAGUUUCCUACUUCAUGUGUAUGAAUGCAGUAAUGAGAACGGCAUGGAGACAAUUCUUAGGGCGACAAAUAAAGGCACGGACGAGUAUCCGAGCUGUAAGGAAACGUGGAGCUUCUUUUCGUCCAUUUACUUCAUGUUUGUGACGGUCUCGACUGUGGGAUACGGUGAUUUUUCGCCUCAUACAGUACUUGGACAGGUCACAGUUUGUAUCAUUAUCGUGUUUGGUAUAUACACGUUCGCGAAUGAGUCGGCUGCCUUUAUGGCUAUUUACAGAGACCAACGCGGAACUUUGAUGAAGUACGAUGGCUCGAGGAACACAGUGCACGUAAUCGUGACUGGAAAUCCGUCAGUUACUCAGACCAAAGACUUUAUCCGUGAGUUUUUCCACCCAGAUCACGAGGAGGCAUUUCAAAGCCAUCAAAGCGACAGUGGCGAUGAUGAAAACGAAGGAUGUAACACAGUGGCUGGCCAAAGCCUUUCAGAAGCCUCUCACUCGCGUACUAAAAUUCCAUUCAAAGAUGAUGCCCGACACAAUAACAUCCACGAUGCCUAUACCGCCAUGGAGGAAGGAGAAAUAGAUGGACAGGAUGAGAACCAAAAGCGCAAGCCAUUCGUCUCGAAACGGAUGCAUUGUGGUCGAAGCUUGAUUCGUGAAACGCACAUCGUAGUGCUCAUGCAGUUUGACAAAGCAGGCGAAAAUGCCUCAUACCCGCAAGAGGUGAUGGGAUUUGUAGAGCAAAAUCCUCGAUAUCAUAAGCGCGUGUUUCUCGUAUACGGGUCUCCAUUACGAGAGACGGACUUAAAGAAUGCACAACUAGAUCGAGCUGUGGCUGUAUUCUUUCUGCCCAACAAAUACUCCGACGAUGGAAACAAGGAAGAUGCAGCUACGGUGCUACGUGUUCUAUCGGUGUCCCAGCACAAACAAGAACACACGCAGAUGUUUGCCAUGCUGACCAACUCUGACAACAGGACGCUUCUAGAGGCCGCGGGGUUGGGCAAAGAAAACUUGGUUUGUGCCGAUGAAAUGCGUUUGGGCUUAAUGGGUCUUAGCUGCCGAUGCCCAGGUCUUUCAACUGUGGUUUCAAAUUUGAUCACAAGUCGAAGCGGGGAAAUUCCUGAAGUCUCACCCGAGCAAUCUCAUAUGCUAAAGCCUUGGGCUUCCGAGUACAUAUCUGGCGCUUCUAACGAGAUUUACUCGUGCUGUCUGACACAGCAUUUCCAUGGGAUGAAUUUUGUCCAGGCAACGGUGCACAUCCACCGACAGUCAAAUGGAUUGGUACUUCUGAUUGCCGUUGAGUCGGAUGGCGAGAUUGCGUUCAAUCCUGGUCGUUGGUAUCGCAUUACACCAAGCACGAAGGCCUAUAUGAUUGCUGAAUCCAUCUCUUCUCUCAAACCGUUUGCUGGUACACCAACGAUGAGUAGUGUUGCCGCCUUAUCCUUGAGCAUGGCAUUGCUACAAAGUCGCGGUAACUUGCUAAGUCGAGCGCGUCAAGCACAGCACAACGUCGAAAGACGAAUUCCGAAGGAAAUUCGAGAGUAUAUGAUGCGAUGCGCUGCUAGUGGUCAUCCGUCUCAGAUCCCAACUUCACCAUCUCGAGAAUUACUUGCUGCUGGAGGUCACAUUGUCGUUUGCAGCAAUAUUGGCAAUGAGAGCGGAGGGCAGCGGUCUGUGUCUCGUUUAGUGAACUUCUUGCGACCACUUCGAGCUCCACAUAUUGACAGGAUCGUCCCCGUCGUCAUUGUAGACGCGGGUACUUUUGACACUGUGUCGUGGCUUCAGCUGAGAAAGUUUGGUGAGGUGUAUCACGUGCACGGAUCGCCUCAGAAGCACCACGUUCUUACCGCUGCUGGAAUUUACACGUCCUCUGCGAUUGUCGUGCUGGCGCAAGGCAAUGAAGCUGGAUACGAUGACUCGAAGGCAAUCUUCAACGCCAUUCUGAUAAACGUUGCACUGCAGCUCAACCAAAUUUUCACGAUUAUUGAGCUUCGAGAUGUCAACAACAAUCGGUUCUUGGACCCCGUUUCUAGUUUUGGGUCACCGCGCAAAAUUUAUGGAGGUGAAUUUGUGGAAGCCUCCGAUGGCGAAUACGAAAUCAAAUCGAGACUAUCAAGCUAUAAUGGUCCACUUUCGUCUGCACAGCGUGUAAGUGUUCAAUACACACAGGCUUCGACUGUCACGUCAAAAAGGAAUUGGGUACAGCGCAAAAGUUUAGUGGUGAAGUAUGUUUUCUCCGCGGUCCAAACAUUCUUCCUAGGAAGUUUGAAAACUGCAGUUCAACAAGUAAGUACGUAUGGAGCCGAAUCAGACCGCACAACUAUUGAAACAAUUGAGAAGCUUUACGGCGGUGACGAAAGCGAGACUUUUUUCCAAGAGCGGUUCAUGAACGGUGCAUUGUUUCCGUCUUAUGUUGCGGACAACUUGCUGAUUCAGAGCUUCUUUAAUCCAUCGCUGAAUACGUUCAUCCGAAAAAUACUCGAUGGAAAAAGCUGCUUUGUACUGUACGAGGUCCCGAAAGAACUCCGUGGACGGCAGCUACUGUAUGGAGAGCUCUUUGAAUACAUGACGUCGGGAGUGGCGCACACCCUACCGAUCGGUUUACUCCGGGCAAAAGGUGGACCUGGAGGCGCCCCAUACCCUUACGUAUACACUUGUCCGUCUUCCGAUAAAAUCGUGUAUGACGGCGACAAAAUUUUCGUGUUGAUCAAUGUCAUGGCUCUCAACCAUCUUGCGAACAAGCUCCAACGCCGCUUCCGAAACCGCCAUAAGCCGUCUACGACGCUGGCAGACGUAGUGGAUUCGAUUCCUCGACCAUCGCAAUCCGUGUAG